AUGAUUAGUGAGUUGGAGGAGUUAAAAGAUUCUGAUGAGGAGAACGCGAUAUCUUAUGAACAACGCGACAAAAAAAGAAAAAACGUUGAUAAGCAAGGACCCAAUAAAAGGGUUGCUGAAGAAAUGGUUACGGUCACAACAGAAGUCGUAGACAUAUAUGAAUUAAUAAAACAAGUGAUUCAUCAAUUCAAUAGAUUUCUCCGCAAAAGCUGUUACGAUUCGGAACUUUAUCAUGUCCUAGUCGACUUUCUAGGUAUAAAAGGAUAUGAAGUAAUAGGACAGUACCACAUAUUAAAUAAGAAUGGCAAUCAUAAGUACGCUGAUAUAGUAAUAAAGUCGUCUAAUUCGACCAUUGUCUUGGAACUGUCGGCAACAGCAAGAAAGAAGGACCUUAACGAACAUUUUACUAGAGCUCUAAAUUAUUCAAAAUUGCUCUCGGCAAGUGAAGUGUGGCUAAUUCAUUUCACGUGUGAAGAUAAUUAUACCAAGAAUCCUCAUUGGCCUGCAGAUUGGAAACUCAAAAAAGGUCUUCGUGUUGUUCAUUUUUGUCACGACUGGGAUUUUUGA